GAUGGCUGAUUUGUCCCCCUCUUGUUGAUUAGCUAGCAUCAUGGCUAUGAUUAGUAAUCACUAAUCAGUAAAUGCAGCUGAGAUCUAGGCCUAACAAAGCAGAUAAUAUAUAGGUGCAAGUCCUUACGCCACCUGGCACUGGAAGUUGUGGAAGCAUCAUCUUAUAUAAACCAAGAAAGAUAGCGAAUGGUAAGGCCACCCCCUCUGUGCUUUUGUGAUUCCUCCCUCCCUAGCUAACUAAUUGCCAUGGCUUCCCAACACCAGCUUCACUUUAUCUUGUUCCCUCUAAUGGCUCCAGGACACAUGAUUCCCAUGAUAGACAUUGCUAGGUUGUUGGCACAGCACGGCGUUAUGGUCACCAUACUCACCACACCCCUCAAUGCCAAUCGAUUCAAAACAACCAUCACUCGUUCAGUAGAUUCUGGACUUCGAAUCCAGCUUCUUGAAAUCAGAUUUCCUUGCGUAGAAGCCGGCUUGCCAGAAGGAUGCGAGAAUAUGGACACUCUCCCUUCACUAGGCAUGAUUGAAAACUUCUUUGUUGCAAUUAGUAUGCUACAACAACCAGUGGAACAAUUGUUGGAAGAACUAAAACCACAGCCAACCUGCAUAGUCUCCGACAUGGCUUUCCCAUGGACAACUGAUGUUGCUCACAAGUUUCAUAUCCCAAGACUUGUUUUUCAUGGAACAUGUUGCUUUUCUCUUUUGUGCUCACAAAAUAUACUUACUUACAAGGUUCUUGAUAACGUGACCUCGGACUCGGAGUACUUUGUGGUGCCUGGCUUGCCAAUACCAAUUGAGCUAACUAAAGCCCAGCUACCAUCUUCUGUUAAUGUAAGCUCACCUGGCUUGAAAAAAAUUUCAGACAGAAUUAGAGAGGCAGAAAAAGAAACAUAUGGUAUAAUAGUUAAUAGUUUUGAGGAGUUGGAGCCAGAGUUCAUCAAAGAAUACCAAAAGGCAAAAGGAAAAAAACUUUGGAGUAUAGGGCCUGUUUCACUGUGCAACAAAGACAACUUGGACAAGGCUGAGAGAGGCAACAAGGCUUCUGUUGAUGAACAAGAGUGCUUGAAGUGGCUUGACUCGCGGGAGUCCAACUCCGUGGUCUAUGCUUCCUUUGGAAGCAUAUCUCAAUUCAUACUGUCUCAAAUGAUAGAGCUUGGGUUGGGUUUAGAAGCAUCAAACAAACCUUUCAUUUGGGUGAUGAGAAAUAAAUUAGAUGCAUUGGAGAAAUGGAUUUACAAAGAAGGAUUCGAGGAAAGAACCAGGGGAAGAGGCCUUCUGAUCCGCGGUUGGGCACCACAAGUACUAAUAUUAUCUCACCCUGCAAUUGGGGGGUUCUUGACGCAUUGUGGCUGGAACUCAACAAUAGAAGGGGUGUGCGCUGGUGUGCCAAUGGUAACAUGGCCUUUGUUUGCGGAACAAUUUUGUAAUGAGAAGUUAGUUGUGCAAGUGCUGCAGAUUGGAGUGAGGGUUGGUGUGGAGGUUAUCGUAAAAUGGGGUGAGGAGGAGAGUGGGGGGGUGUUGGUGAAGAAGGAUGAUGUUAAGAAGUGUAUAGAUAUGUUGAUGGAUGGAGGAGAGGAAGGAGAAGAGAGAAGGAAAAGAGCUAGAGAUCUUGGAGAGAAGGCAAACAAGGCAAUACAAGAAGGGGGUUCUUCAAACCUCAAUAUCACACUGCUAAUACAAGAUAUCAAGGAACAAGCAAAUUAUGGGCAAUAAACAACCUGUGUGUGUGUGUAUUGUGUUUGUGUGUAUGAGAGGGAGAGGAUAAUAAAAUAAGGAUUAGCGGCAUAUGGAAUUUCUCUGUUUCAAUGCCCUUGUCAUCAUAAACUAGUCUCCAUUUCUUGAUGUGAAUUUUCUCAUUCUUAUAUCAACUUUCUUGCAUUCCUAUUGUUGUUA